ACUGACUAACUGACCUGUUCGGUCGUCAUAAUUUUGGCUGUUCGCGGAAGAUGUCGAUAACAACAGCACGCUACGGAACUUGGAAAUCCCCAAUCUCAAGUAAACUUGCCACUGAGAGCAGUGUCAGUUUUCAGGAGAUUCGCUUGGACCCUGCUGGAGCUGCAGGAUCUGUGUUUUGGAGUGAACUGCGCUUUGAUGAAGGUGGAAGAUAUGUUAUCUGUUCACUGAAAGAGAAUGAAAAAGAUUUCAAAGUAUGGACUCCAAAAGAUUUUAAUGCCAGAACCAGGGUACAUGAGUAUGGAGGGGGAGCUUUUUUUGUACAUGAAGGAGCAGUAUACUUCUCAAACUUCUCUGAUCAGCAGAUGUAUAUGCAGAAGUCACCAGACUGUACACCAGUCGCCAUAACUCCAAAAGAUUGUGGCUGGAGAUAUGCUGAUGGAUCUCUUUCUUCUAAAACAGGGAAAAUCUACUGUAUCCGGGAGGACCACAGUCUUGUUGAGAAGAAAGAGGCCAAAGAACCUCAAAAUACAGUGGUAGCCAUUGACCCCAAGACACAGAAACAAACAGUCCUGGCCAGUGGUUGUGAUUUUUACUCCAGUCCCAGAUUUUCACCAGAUGGAAAGAAGCUAGCUUGGGUUCAGUGGAAUCACCCUAACAUGCCUUGGGAUAGUACAGCAUUGUUUGUUGGAGAGCUUUCCAGUGGAGGAGAUGAGAUUGUUCCAGGAUCUGCCAAACAGGUUGCAGGAGGUGAGGGAAUCAAUGUGAUGCAGCCCAUGUGGAGUCCUAAUGGAGAUCUCCUGUACAUCAGUGAUCAGACAGGGUGGUGGAACCUGUAUCAGUGCUCCCCAGAGGGGAAUCACCAAAAUUUGCUCCCCUGUGAGGCAGAGGUGGGAGGGUGUCAGUGGGUGUUUGGAAGACCUGAUUAUGCAAUCGAUCCCUCUGGCAGUGGCAAUGUCAUUCUGAAAAUGAAAGGGGAAAUUAUGAAGUUGGAUGUCAAAACAAAGGAAUGCAAAAAGAUAGAGGUGGGAUACACAUCUUAUAACAUGCUAAAUUUUGGCUGGAAUGGAAAAUUAUACUGUGAGGUGGGAAGCCCUACAAAAUUUCCCUGCAUAGUACAGCUGAACACACAAAAUGGAGAGGUGAAGGGAAUAAGGGAAUCAAAAUCGCUAUCCUUGGACAAGGACUAUUUCAGUAUCCCUGUAGAUUACAGCUGGAAGACUACGGACAAUGAUGUCUGCUAUGGAUUCUUGUAUACCCCAAAGAACAAGGAUUACAAGGCUCCUGAUGGAACCCUUCCACCACUCCUUGUCAAGGCACAUGGAGGACCAACAAGUUACAGCCCUAACACACUUAGGCUUCUCAUUCAGUACUUUACAAGUCGAGGUUUUGCUGUAUUGGAUGUUAACUACAGAGGAAGUAAUGGAUUUGGUACACAAUACAGAAACAAACUCAAAACAAAAUGGGGAAUAUAUGAUGUUGAUGACUGCUGCACAGGGGCUCAGUCUUUAGCUGAUGAAGGUCAAGUGGACAAGAAUUGUCUGUGUAUUGAUGGGGGAUCAGCAGGGGGAUAUACCACACUGGCUUGUCUGGCCUUCAAGAAUGUGUUUAAAGCAGGUACCAGUCUAUAUGGUGUAGCAGAUCUUGAGGCACUGGUCAGAGAUACCCACAAAUUUGAGAGUCGGUACAUUGAUAACCUUGUUGCUCCUUACAGUGAAGAAACCAAAAAGAUUUAUGAUGAACGCUCUCCUAUCCAUUAUGUUGAUAAACUCAACUGUGCAAUGGCAUUCUUUCAGGGAGAUGAAGACAAGAUUGUUCCACCAAAUCAAGCAGAAAUGAUGUAUGAAGCUGUAAAAGCCAAAGGCUUGCCAACAGUAUUGGUCAUGUUCAAAGGAGAGCAACAUGGUUUCAGAAAAGCUGAGAAUAUACAGACAGCCCUGGAUGGGGAAUUCUAUUUCUUUGCUAAAGUAUUUGGCUUUGAGCCAGCUGAUAAACACAUGUCUCUUGACAUUAAAAAUCUGAAAGGAUGAGAUGACAUACAUUUAUUUAAAAAAAAGACUAUUUAGUCAGAAUGCAAUUAAAUGGACACCUGUUUGAUACAUUAAAGCAAAUUUUAUAUCCAGAUUUUACAUAUUUUGACUUUUGCAUUGAUGAUAAAUGAGUAAAGUGCACUGAUUGCUUAAUGCAUGAUAAAUUUUAAAAGAUGAUCCCCAUGAUGUGCCCUUACAGCUUCUCUUAAAAAAAAAUGGAUUGGUUCACAGUCUGUAAGCACCUCACUGUACAUAAAUAAGUUUUGUUAUAUAGAUCCCUUUUUAACUCCAGUCCAAUUUACUUACAUAGCAUGUUUCAAUUUCAAUGUAAUAAUCAAUACAAUCUUUGAUCUGAUUCCAGCUUUGACUUGUGCAUACAAAUUCAUAAAAGCAAUUUUUUGAAAAUUCAUCCUAUCAUACUCAGUGAAAUUGAAUGGAAUGAUUUAUCUGUACAUAAAAAAAUGGCUCCAACACUCUGAAUGCCUUCAAGCAAUAAAUUAAAAAUGAAACAAUGUCUAAAUAAUUUGUGAUUAUCAAUUGUUUGUCUACAUGUAUGUAUAUUUAUGUUUAUGGUCAGGAGGCCCUGGGAAAGAAUAUUUCUUGUACUAAUCAUGUUACAUUUUUUUAAAUAAAGUUUUACUAUUAUUAUUA